CGCGAGGGCUUUUAAGGGCAUCGGGAUUUCUUGCAGAUAGUAACGCAGACGAGGAGCGCGAUUUGCUCUGAACAGCACUUACAACAGUUUCAGCCAAAAGUGUGUUCGUUUUCCGUUCGAGUGCAGGAAACUCUCUCCCACGCUGCCUUUUCUCUCUUAAGCAAUCAUGGCAGACGAUUUUCCCAAUGAUGUGAAGGAGGAAGUGGCGGAUAUUACCCCGUUUGAUCCUACUAAAAAGAAGAAGAAGAAGAAGGUCAUAAUUCAGGAUCCUGCUGAUGAUUCUGUUGAGAAUUUGGCUGAGCAGACAGAAAACUUGUCAGUUUCUGAUGGGCUCGAAAGUACUUUCUCUGGUUUGAAAAAGAAAAAGAAGAAGGCAGUUGAAACCAGUUCGUUCAAUGAUGAGAGUGGAGAUGCAGGGGAAGAUGUGGACGAUCAUGCUGGUGAGGAUGAAGAAGGAGAAGGAACUGUGCUACAGCCACGUUAUCCUUGGGAAGGAAGUGAUCGUGAUUAUGAAUAUGAGGAGCUUCUUGGUAGGGUGUUUAACAUUCUUCGGGAGAAUAAUCCUGAGCUGGCAGGAGACAGGCGUAGGACUGUUAUGAGGCCUCCCCAAGUUCUUCGUGAGGGCACAAAGAAAACUGUUUUUGUGAAUUUCAUGGAUCUCUGCAAGACAAUGCAUCGGCAGCCAGACCACGUGAUGGCUUUUUUGCUGGCUGAACUGGGGACAAGUGGAUCGCUAGAUGGGCAGCAAAGACUAGUUGUGAAGGGAAGAUUUGCUCCCAAGAAUUUCGAAGGAAUCCUGCGUCGAUAUAUCAAUGAGUAUGUUAUAUGCCUUGGGUGCAAAAGUCCAGACACUAUACUUUCAAAGGAGAAUCGUCUCUUCUUUCUUCGAUGUGAGAAGUGUGGUUCUGGACGAUCUGUUGCUCCCAUUAAAGCUGGUUUUGUUGCUCGUGUUGGCCGUAGGACAGCAGGGGCAUGAUCUGAUCGGUUGCCCUUUUUUUAGUUGGUGACUUUGUUGAGUGACCAGUGAGUCAGGGUGUUGAGUUUUGUGUUUACUAAUCUUUAUUUUAAGUUGUAGUCAAUAAUUGUAUCUUUUUGUAUGGGAAUUGGGACGGGAAGAUGAGUUAUUUUUACUGUUUGGUGAUAUAAGUUACCUCAUGAGGACUUCAACCCUUUC